AUGCCUCGCCAGGCCUUUGGCGACUUUCUCAACUCCCCCGGGCCCAGUCGAGGGCGGGGUCGGGGACGCGGUGCGAGCCGCGGCGGCCCCGGUGGCGGCGGGCGCGGAGGAGGAGGAGGUAGGGGCGGCGGUGGUGGGCGGGGAGGAGGAGGAGGAGGAGGCCGAGGAGGCGGUCGUGGCGGGAUUCGCGGGGGCCACUUCGGCGCCGACUACACCAACAUGUCGAUCGACUACAGCCAGCUCAACAGCCAGACGUACAAGCGCUUUGACCAAAUGGCCGUCCAGCCGUUCGGCGAGGGCAGUAGAGGGCGCGGUCGAGGUCGAGGAGGCUUCAAGCCCCGCCCAGCAAGAGAUACGCCCGAAGGCACGGACACGGACGCGGCGCCGAGCGGCUCACGCACCCCCGCGACCGGCGGGCUGGGGUACCAUGUCGGCGCGGGCUCGCGGCUCGGGGUGGGCUCGCGCCGCACGCCGGGCGUCAUGACGCCCCAGCGGGUCGACAGCUCGGGCGUCGUCUUCUGGGGCGGGCACGGCGCGCCGCUGUUCGUCAAGGCGGGCGAGCUGUUCAAAGACGGCGAGGUGGACGUUGUGAAGCGCGAUGGUGACACGCUACGCGUCGAGCGAUACCCCCUCUCUGAUCCCAGCGCGCCGCAGAUGCUCCACCUCCGCGACGAGCUCGAGGUGCAGCUUGACGGCACCGUCGGCGAGGACGAGGUGCAGGAGAUUAUCUGGGGCGCCGCCGAUGUCGAGGACGAGGAGAGCGUCGAGGAAGUGCUCGGCGUCGAGGUUACGACGGUCGAGACGACGGUCGUUCAGGCUGUGGCUGGCGAAGCCGUCGCUGCUGAGGCUAUCGCUGUCGAAGCGGUGACUGUCGAGGCGGUGGUUGCCGAGGCCGUCACUGUGGACAUCACCCCACUCGAGCCCGCUAUGGCACUAGCGGAGGCCGGACCGAUCGCCGUGGACGCUGAGGCGGAGGAGGAUGAGGAUGUCGAGAUUGACGACGAGGAGGACGCCGAGGACAACGCCGGUGCCGACGCCCACGACGACUUCACCGCCCUCGCCGACCGCUAUGCUGGCGAGUCAGAAAGCGAGGACUCGGUCGACGAGGACUACACCGGCUCCGAUUCGCCCCCAGCCGAUAUCGAGAUCGACGACGCGGCCCUCUUCUUCGUCGACACGGCGGCUGACUCGAACCCUUCGGCGUCUGCGCCGCUGUACGACGCCCCGUCCCAAACCCUCGGUACACGACCCGCGCUUGCCAAGCAGAACUCGACCGCCGAGGACAUCAUCUUCCGCCCCAAGAUCAUCUCGGACCCCGUCGCGUCGGCAUCUACUUCCCGCGCACCCGCUACAGCGUUUGAGCUACGCGACGUGUACGUCGACCCGCGGGUCAGACUCAACCGCAAGGACCGGAAAGCGGCCAAGCGCGAGAAGCGCGCGCGUAACAAGCGGAAGCAGAAGGGCGGCCGGCGGAGCGGCGGCGGCGAACUUGCGCCGCGCGACGACUCGGACAUUGAUUGGGGAAGCGAUGGCCCGCCACCGCGCCGGAUUCUGGGCAUCGUGCCGGACGACGAGGUGGUGACCCACCUCGGCCGCACGCUCGCCGGCACCGACCUCGAGGACGAGGUCGACCCCGAGCUCAACGACGAGGACCUGACGCGCUUCAUUGCCGGCAUGGUGCAGAUCGAGGGCGACCGCGACGUCAUGGAUAUGAUGGAGCAUGACGAUGAGGAGGACAGCGAGGAGUGGUCUGGCUCGGAGGGCAAGGGCAAGGGCAAAGCCGUGUUUGCCGAUGCAGAUCUCUACGACUCUGGAUCGGAGGAGGAUGACUCGGAGGAUGAGGACGACGACGACGACGACGGGGAUGACUUUGCUCAGCUGCAAGCGGCGUACGACGAGAGCCCCGACGACGACAGCAGCGACGACGACGCGGCGAUCGAGCGCUACAGGGGCCAGAAUGCAUGGGAAGAGGAGGACGAGGCGGCCUGGUUCGCCGACAGCAUGGACACUGCGCUGGACGGCGGGGCCAUGUCCGCCAGUCGCAAGGAUCGGAACAAGAUCUUCAAGGCGGUCGUCAGCGGCUCGUUCGACCGCGACCUGCCUAUUGCCCCCGCAAAGAAGGACAAGAACGGCGCCCAUGUCCCGCCCCAGCUUCUUGACCAGUGGGAGCGCGACCGGCAGAAGAAGGCGGAGAAGAAGCGCGCGCGCGAGGCGGCGCGACUCGAAGCCCUGCUCAACCCCUACCCUGGCGCACACAAGGGCGGCAAGAAAGGCAAGAAGGCAUCCAAGCUGCAGGGCAAGGCCGCAGCGGCCAUGUCUGCGCACCUUAUCCCCGCCUCGGCUGCAGAAGUUGCCGAGCUGUUCGACAUUACAUCCGACGAGGACGAUGGCUGGGGCGUCGCGAGGAUCAACGGCCGUAAGGGGCGGGCUCUGCUCCUCCCGCAGACGCUGGAGCAGGUCAACGCCCAGGUGGAGGAGUUCAUGGCGGACGCGACCAAGACGACUCUCACCCUGCCGCCCAUGGACAAGGAGGCACGGAAGAAGGUGCACAUGUUGGCCGAGUGCUACGACCUCAAGUCCAAGUCGAGAGGCAAAGGGCUGGCACGUUUCCCUGUGCUUAUCAAGCUCGCCCGUUCCGGCCUGCGUGACGAGGACAAGCUCGAGCGGCUCAUCUCCGCCAGCAACCAGAACGGCGGCGCCUUCUACAAGGCGCUGUAUGCGCGCAAGAGUAAGGACGGGCGCAAGGGCCCGUCUGCGGCUGCGCGCGGUGGUGCCUCAACUCGCGCACGCGAAGGCGAGCUCGUGGGCGAGGGCGCAGACAAGAUUGGCGAGGACAACAUCGGCCAUCAGCUGCUGUCGAAGAUGGGGUGGAGCGAGGGAGGUCUCAUCGGCCGCACGGGUGGCCUAGACGCGCCGAUCGUCGCGGUCGUGAAAUACACCAAGCGGGGUUUGGGCACGUGAGCGCAGCCUGAGCCAACCUAAAGGCAAGCGAAGUUUUGGCCUUUGGCGCAGUGGAGUGAACCUACGCCUGGUGAGACAUGGCGCUGCGGAGCGCAGUUUGGCGCUGCGGAUCGCGCGCACACCGACCUCCGACCGUGC